AUGAAGUACCUCAACAUCGCUCUCUCAGCGGCGUCGCUGGCCUCUGCUGUCGUCCUCCCCGAGGCGGACGCCGGCAAGGUCAACUACGACGGUUACAAGCUGGUCCAUGUGGAAACCUCCGAUGACGGAAGGUCAUCCAUUUUCAGCACCGCUUCAACCCUUGCCGAUACCAUCACCCUCCAAGGCUGCGACCAUGGCGAGCACGUGGACUUUGCUGUUCCUGCACACGAGUUUGACGCUUUCAACGCCCUUGGCUUGAACGCAACCGUGGUUGAGGAGGAUCUUGGCGCCGCCAUCGCCGCUGAAGGCCCCCUCGUGCCAUUUGAAGCCCCCGAAGCUGCUGCCCUACCUUCGGCUACGUGGUUCAACGCCUACCACUCUUACGCGGACCACUUGUCUUUCUUGAAGAGCGUGCAGGCUGCCUUCCCGUCAAACUCGGAGAUCUUCACCGUUGGCCAGACUUAUGAGAAGCGAGACAUCACGGGUAUCCACCUCUGGGGAUCAGGUGGCAAGGACUCAAAGCCCGUUGUCUACUACCAUGCCACGGUCCACGCUCGCGAGUGGAUUGCCACCAUGGUUGCGGAGUACCUCCUCUACCAGCUGGUGUCUGGCUACAGCAAUGGCACCACCAGCACCUUCCUCGACAACUUUGACUUCUACAUCAUCCCCGUUGUGAACCCGGACGGAUUUGUCUACAGCCAGCAGAGCACCCGUCUUUGGCGCAAGAACCGACAGGUCCGCUCUGGUAUUUCAGCAGUGGGCACUGACAUCAACCGCAACUGGCCCAACCAUUGGGACACUCCCGGUGGCGCAUCGACGACCCCUUCUGCUGAGGACUACAAGGGUGAAGCCGCAUGCGACACUCCCGAGUGCAAGGUUCUCACCACAUUCUCUAACAAGAUUGCGGCAAAGAACGGCAUUCGCUGGUACAUCGAUUUCCACAGCUAUGCUAAGGACAUUCUCCUGCCGUAUGGCUACAGUUGUAGUGCGCGGGUUGCGAACCUUGCAGCACAGCAGAGUUUGGCGAACAGCAUGAAGACGACCAUUGCCCAGGCCUACGGCACGCAAUUCACUGCCGGCCCCAUCUGCAGUACGAUCUACCAGGCGACUGGAGGAUCGACGGACUACUUGACAGACACUACGAAAGUCACUUACGCUUGGGCUAUCGAGCUCCGUGGCACGUCUUUCGUCCUGCCCGCGGACCAGAUUGUGCCCAGUGGCAUUGAGAUCUGGAACGGCGUGAAGGCAAUCCUCCCCAAGCUGGUGUAA